GCUCCCUCCUGGACUUCGGACCCUCCUCCCCGACAGCGUGAGAGUCGGCACGCGAGAGCGAACCCGGGGAUCGGGCGGGAUGGACCUGUGGCAGCGGCUGUGCCAGGGGGGGUCGGCGCCCUGGGGCCUGCCCCCUCCUCCCCAUGCCCUGCAGGGAAGCCCCCUGCCCCUGGACCCCCAGCCGGCCCAGGUCCCGGCCCGGGACGGGGUCGGCGGCGACGGGCCGGCGGGAGAGGCCCGGCUCCGGGACCGCUUGGCCUGGCUGAGGGGGCAGCUGCGGAGCCUGCGGGAGGUGGACGGGCAACUGUUCCGGCAGCUGUGUGUCGUGGGGCUGAAGCUGGGCGAGCUGGCAGAGGACCUCGCCGAGGAGCAGCUCGAGGGAGACGAACGGGAGGGACGCCCGCAACAGUCGGUCCUCCACAGACACCCCACCUUCGAGAUGACCAUCUGACCGUCCUACUCCGGGCCACGACUCUCUUCCUGAGACCUCAGCGCCCUUGGCCAUAAUAUUAAUAUGCAAAUUAAUUCAGUAGUAUUUAUUGAGCGCUUAGCGUGUGCCGAGCACUGUACUAAGUGCUUGGGAGAGUACGGAUCAACAAUAAACAGGCACAUUUCCAGCCCGCAAUGAUGCGAAUGCUUAAGCGAA